AUGACUGCAAACCCGCUGCUGUAUCUCUGCCUCAACAUCAGCUUAUUUGCCUUCUCGAUGCUUCGUCUCUUUAAGCAAUACUCAGGCCCUUCGCCAAUCUUCGACCGUCUCGACAUCAAUAUGAUUACUAAGAGGAUGAACGCCACCUUACUCCCGUCGGCAAACGACGAAAUCUUCAGGAAUGAACCUGGCCCAGAGGUUGAUCAAGCGUGGAGGAGGAUAUCCAACGAGCGACCAAUUGCCAUCACGCGCGAAGAGGUCAUUGCAAUCGGCAAAGACCCCGAAAAAGCCGUCAGAUUUCCGGAGAACUUUGGGUUGGGUGAGGCCUAUGCUGGUCGCAUAGACGUGUUCCACCAAAUUCACUGUCUCGAUGCCCUUCGGCGAGAGGCAUAUUUCGACCACUAUCACGGCAGCAAACACUCAGGCUUCAACUCCACAACCAAGCUCCACAAAGUACAUCUAUCGCAUUGCGUUUACUACUUACUACAAAACAUCAUGUGCCAGGCAAAUGUUGAUGUCUACACGCAUGUUUGGACGGACACAGUGCUUCAGCCGUUCCCAGACUUCCAGAUCAAUCACCAGUGUAAGGAUUUCAACGGCGUGUUAAAUUGGCAGGAGCAUAACAGCGUUGAUCUUCACGAGUUCUACAAGAUAAGGAAAUCAGAGAGCUUCGGUCCUGCGAUGAAGAUGUCGACGGAGUUCAAGGAGUUGUGGAAUGAAUUCGAGUUUUUCAACCACGAAGGUGACCACGGCAACAGUGAAGGUGGUCAGAUUGGCUGA